CCUGUUGCUGCCUGACUGCGGUGGCCAAUAUGUUUGUUGCACACGAGAGAGAGAACUUUAGUGAACGCCCCCUGGGCUCCAGACAAAAGAAUACACAACAGUGACGUCUAACAGGAGUUUUUUUUGUAAAUUCUCUCACACAAACACACUGACACACACACACACACAUUUUAAAGUGAUCCUGAAGGAGGGGGCUGUCUGUUUAAAGCUUGCUGCAUGUGUGAACUGAUGUCUCGGACUAUGACAAACAGCAACUCCCCCACGUUUUGACUCUGACCUCAAGGAUUUGCAGAGAAACAGUGCGUGAGAGAGAAAGGGGGGAAGAGAGAAAAGAAGCAGAGGGAGGUGGAUUACAGGACUUCUUGUUCGAGUCAGGCAGCGGUUCUGGUUCAGAGACAAUCUUGGUAACCUUAAACAAAACCAUUAACGAGACAGCUCCGAGCGUCGUGUCUGGAUAAUCACUGCUUUCUUGGCAUCAAUACUCUUGUGAAAGCAAUGUGAAGUGAUUGAAAGGGGAAAAAAACUAUCUAAUGCUUGCACAGAGAAUCUAGAGCUGCAUGCAGAAGUCAGUGCAUUCAGCAAAGCACCGAAGAAAGGGAGAGAAGAUAAAGUACGAAGGGAACAACGGUGAGAUCCCAGAGUCAAGCUGCAGCCAGCCAGAGCCAGUGGAAUGGACCAAGGUGCCAGUUGGAUUAAUCCCUGCUUACCCACAGUGCUUUCUGAGGAGGAGGGCUGAGGAUCUGCUGCAACGGCAACAAACCCCUGAAUGAGGAUGAAUGGAGAUGUUCUUUAGCUAAAUCUAAAGAGAACACUCUGGUUAAAUACACCUCUGAGCUGCAACAACACACGCCAGAGGAGGUGGUGGUGGUGGCGGAGGAGGUGGAGGAGAGGAGCCAGGGGUCCCAGAGCAUUGCUGGUGCUACUGCCCCAGAGGAGAGGCACGGGAGCGGGCAGGACACCGAGGAGGAACAGGGUCCGGAGGAGGGACCCGAGGGAGGAGGCGAGGUGGCGGGUGUUCGGCGUCGCAUGGCCGUGCAGAAGCUGGUGGCGGCUGCAGUGGCGGUAGCCCUGCUGUCCCUGGUCCUGAAUAAUGUCGCAGCCUUCACCCCCAGCUGGGUCCUCCAAGCCCUGGAGGAUGGACGCAAGCGGAGCGUGGGACUGUGGAGAAUGUGCCCCACCGGUGGGGAGAGGGGCCGUGACGACCUCCAGGCUGGGAGAAGGGGGCAAGGGACUCAGAGACAGUGUGAAGGCCUUGGAUGGGGCUCUGAGUAUGCAGGCUAUCAAGAGUCCCGCAGCACUGUCAAAUUGCAGUUUGACAUGAUGCGAGCAUGUAACCUGAUGGCGACGGUGGCCCUGACUGCCGGUCAGCUGAUCUUCCUCCUCGGCCUGAAGGAGCUGCCUUUCAUCACGCAGGAGUCACAGUGGUGGGAGGAAGCCAUUGCUGCCCUCUUCCAGUUAGCCAGUUUUGUGCUGGUGAUUGGACUUGUGACCUUCUACAGGAUCGGACCCUACACCCACUUGUCCUACUCCUGCUACUUGGACAUAGCCGCUUGCCUGCUGGCCACGAUGGCUGCGGCCAUGCUUAUCUGGAACAUUUUACACCGCCGCGAUGACUGCCUCGCACCUCGGGUUAUAAUCAUCAGUCGCUCACUGGCGUCACCUUUCCAUCCACGUUUAGACAAUGACUACGUGGAUUCGCCUUGUUGAGCCACGUGAGCUCACAAGCCAAGACUGAACUCAACGUUUAGUGUUUUACUUCAACUGGUGCCUUUUCACGUUCCUGUGGACUCACAUGUAUCUGCAAUUGUAAAACUACCUUUGAAAACUCUUCCCACCAUAAACAAAGACACCAAGAUUAUUUUGCUGCUUAUUUUGCUGCACAAAAUCCACAGAAUGAAGAUUGAAAAUGAAUGUAUAAAGUCAUUCUAAACUUCCAAACGUAACAGAAUACUGAUGAUUCAUUCAUUCAUGCUCGGGUGAGCUAACUGGUGGUUCAACAUACAAUUUGGACUGGCACUGUGUACUGGCACUGUGUACUGGCAUCCUUCUUGUGAAAAGAUCAAGCUGGAACUUGACCUAUUUUGCUAUAUGUGCACUUCUUAAAUGGCCUCCUACAUAAUUAUAAAUUGGAUAUUAUGAAAGAUGUUGAAAAUACCAGAAUACCUCAUAUUUGUUUUUGUCCUUAUAAAGGUCAUUAUAGUUUUAAUACAUAUUGAUGCUAAUAAUAGAUGUUGCAAGUAAGUAAAUCUAACAAAAUAAAAGCAGAAGAGGCAAACCUUUUGAUUGGGCAGAAAAUAAAAAAUAAAUUGCUAAUUAAUGUAUGUGAAUUGAUUUAGAAGCAGGAUUUGUUAAACUGACGGCAACAGGUGUUUUGGCGAUGUACUGCAUUUUGAAACACUUGCGUUAAUUAUUCAUGAUGCUUUACAUAUGAAACUGCUCGCUUGUGGUACAUACUGUAUACUUAAAUUAAUAUUAUAUAAUUGUGUAAAGAAUUGUGCUAUCAUUAGUAGUGAUAUUAUUGUGAACAUAUCAUACUUCUGCAAAGAAACUCCAGGCUGUCUGUGAGUCUUCAUCGUUGCCAAACAUAAAGGCACAUUAAAGUAAUAAUAUAUCAUAUAAAGUCAAUAAAUUUAUUGGUAAAUAUUCAAACGGAA